AUGGCGCUCAUGUCGAAGCCGUGGAAACCCAGGCUCAAUCUGCUGGAGCUGCCGGAGGAUGUGCUCAUGUGUAUCUUCAGCUACCUGCCCGUCACCGACCUGCCCACCCACAGUGUGCGGCACCUGGUGGAGAGCCAUCCCAGCGUGUGGGCCAAUCUCUCCUUCCAAGGGGUGUGGCCGUCUCCAGACACCAUUCAGCUCUUCCAGCGGGCGUCCAACUGUGGAAACUUUGAGGCAUCCGUGAAGCUUGCCCUGGCCUACCUCUACAAUGAAGGCAUAGCAGUGGCGGAGGAGAGCCGGCCAGAGCGCAACGGGCGCAAGGCAGCGCACUACUUCAGCCGCGCCGAGCACCUCAGCUGCGGCAACGUCGGCAUGGCGGUGCCCUUCGUGUGGAUCUUCAUCCGCCCGCCGUGGUCCAUGAGCGGGGCAUGCUGCAAAGCCGUUGUCUUCGAUAGUCUCAAGACGGAGUGGCGAGCUGGCGAAGACGGGUGGUGCUCAUCUGCUGUACUGCUUAGGAAAGGUUCUGGGAUUGAUGAAGAGAAGAGAAGUGAGGCGUUGCGGCUGUUUGAUGCGUCCGCACAGCAAGGCUCUGUGCUCAGCGCCUAUCUCACGUGGAAAUCGAGGCAUCGUACAGUGGCCUCGGACCCAGGCCGACUGCUGCAGAAUCUCCGAAGGCUCAGGGAGUUUUCGGACAGUGGCUGUUGGGAUGCACAGGUCUCGUUGGCGGUGGCCCUGGCACAAGCGUGCACGGGCGGGUGGCUCAUGGACCCCGAGGUGCCUGCGGCGCAGCACUCGGUGCUGCGCUUCUUCCAGUCGCCGUCGCCGACGCGGACGCACCGCCUCUACCGGGUGCAGAAAGGCAUGAACGAGAACAUGAGGUACCUGCUAAUCGACUGGCUGGCAGAGGUGGUGACCACCAAGGAGCUGUCGAGUGCAUGCCUGCACACGACGGUGCAGUGCCUCGAUCGAUAUCUGCUGCAGCGGCCCGUCGAGCGCUCAAAACUGCAGCUGCUGGGCAUCGCGUGCAUGGUCAUCUGUUCACGGUUCUUGUCUCAGGAUAUCCUCACGAUACGCGAAGGCGUGUGGCUGACGGACAACACGUACAAAUACGAGGACAUGGUGCGCAUGAUGGGUGAGAUCAUCUCCGUGCUACGGGGACGCAUCGUGGCCCCCAUGGUGCUGGAGUACGUGCGCGUGCUGCUGGCGCUGGAACCGCUGGACGCGCGCGCGAGCUGUACACUGAGCUACGUGUGCGAGCUGUCGCUGCUCUUCACCUCGGUGACGGCAUACUCGCCCGCGCACCUCGCCGCCAGCGCCUUCCUGCUCACGCGCAUCCUGCACCGGCACGCCGUUCUCUGGAGCAAGAAGCUCGUUGACUUCACGGGGUUUUUGCUGGAAGACCUCAUCCCUUGCACACUGCUGCUGCACAAACAAUGCUUCCUGGACGAGGUUCCCAAGGACCACAGGGAGGUAGCGCUCGUCGCUGUGAGGCAGAGGUUCUCCGACGAUCGUUUCCAGCGAGUGAGCGAGGACAAGGUGCUGGACUACUCGGAGCUGUGCGCCGUGCUAGGCGUGAGAGCGGAGCCGCUCUGCCUGCUACUGCCGAGCGUCUCCGAGCGGACUACCGAGUCCCUGCCCUUCCUCACCUCCCCCCCCCAGCGCAAACCCAAGAGGCGUCGAGAGGACUCCGAGCGCGAGAGCCUGGCCGCGACGCCCAUCAUGGAGCUGUCGUACCACGCGGACGAGGAGGGCGGUGGCGCGGAGUGGCCCGACGCGGGAGUCGAGCGCAACGUGAACGUGGGAACACGACGACGACGACGACGACGACGCCGACGACGCCGCCCUGUCCGCGCUGUGCGAUGACGCCGACCAGUGCUUCUUGGACCGGUCGAUCAGUUCGGAGAUGACGGAAUGUGCUGUCCAACGCCUUCUGCUGCCCAGCGACUGCAGUAACAUGGACGUAGACGACAAUGAUGACGACAAUGAUGACGACGCUGACGACGACGAGGAGAAGGAGAACGUCUGCGAACCCCGUCAUCUCUCGGAGGCUUGCGGCUUCUCGUUUGACGACACGGCGGCGCGCCCAGAGUGGGGAGCUUCCCGCCACUCUGAAUGCACCGCGUCCGGUGCGAGCACGCCCCCGUGGCUGCCUCCGCCGCAGUGGCCGUCGAUGGCCACCGCAGAACCGCCCUCGGCCGUCACCCGUGCCCCUCGGACUCGAUCUCCGAUCCGUCGGGACGGAGCCGCGUCGCGGCGGUCGUCCCGGCGAACCCCGACGGCCCCUUCGUCUUCAGGACCAUUUUGUGCAACGGCGGCCAAGGGGGCGGUGGGGAAGCGAGGCGCGGUGGCGAGCACAGGCAGCGGGCAAAGAGGAAGAAACACGACAAGCCACCACGGGGUGGAGAACGCUGACGUUGCUUCCUAGCACGCGUAGGCGGGGAGGGCCAUGCCGGCGACGCGUAAGCCAAAAUUGUGUUGAUGGUGUGCGCGUGCAUGUGUGCGCGUUUUCGAUUUAAAUGAAAGUGCGUUCAAAAUAGUACAAGAGCCUGGGAAGGAAACUUCACCUGGAUUCGAAGAGCGUCACCUGUUUACAAAUGUUUUUUUCCUUUCUCAAGACCACCAGCGGCACGUGUUUGGAAAUCGUAGCUUUAUUUUUUGUAUGUAUGCGCUCUGCGAGUCCAGUCGCAUUUCUUGUCAUGCUGUUGGAUGAUUACAUCUCAAUAGGACCUGUUACGGCGCCAAUGGUGUGCAAGCCAAUGAGACCGCUGGUAGAAUCUCCAGUAGAUCGGCACCUCUAACCACUAAGUAAAUUGACAAACUGUGCUUGCCUGCUCAGACCUGAAGAUUUUUUUUGCAACAGAUGAAAAAAAAUUCAGAACCAUUUUCCCUACAUAAUUACUGAUCUUCAUUUUUCUCAUUGGAAUUGAACGAUUGGCACGUUUUUUGCAAAGCAAUUACGUUUUAUUCCUCGACAAAAAAACACAUCAACAGGUCUGCACUGUGCCAAUACUCAGGACACACUUGUAUGGGUGCAAGCGGUGGAGAGGGAAAUGGAGUCUUGCGGUUUGGGAUGAUAACACAAUCUCAGUGAUCGUGUCUCCGGCUCCAGUUCUGGAACGUAGAGUUCUGCCGUAGUUUACGAUUAAACCUACUUGACGAAAGGGAUGUGAUGCUGUAACGCUUCAAAUGGUUCAAUGCGCUUGAAAAUGUGAGCAAAAUAUGUAAUGUGAGCGAUUAAACGUAUUAAAAGACUGCCCCCUCCUCGAGAACAUUGGGGAUUUGAGCCAUUGCUACUAAUUGAAAUAAAUAUAUAGAGUGUAGAGAAGUAGGAACUUAAUCUGCAGAGCAAUGCUGGUACUUCCUCCUGCACAUGUUCCUGUCUUACAGAUGAGCAAGGUUGAAUUUAAUGGAGGGGUACCUAUGCCGAGGUCGAGCAAUAACGUGUGUUGACCCUGUUGAAAGGGUAAGCUGAGAGCCUUCAACUAAGUGCCUUGAAAUUAUAAUCGUUUCCGUGUUUAACGGUCGAGUGGGCGAAGUUGAAUAAUGUUGCCCUGCUCUGUUGGUCCGAGUGGCCAACAAAUGGAAGUGCUACCUAGUGCCAUUUGCAUGGGUUUGAGUGAGUGACAUUGCUGAACCUAACUGCUUCUUGCCACUCUCUUGAAGUUGCUUGGAGCUCUGUCAUGUAAAGCAUUGCAUGUGUGCAAUGAGAAUUAUGGUAGUGUCUGCAUCCGGUGCAAGAUGUCCAUUUUCCAAAAUGGUGUGUGUAUAUAUAUGGCCUCAACAUGCACGUAGCCUGGCACGAGCAUCGUGGUGACGCCACCGCCACUUUGCGAAUGGCGGUUGUAUAUACGGGGUGCUGCGUUGGCCUUGGGUGCACAACUUCUUCCAGGGGUUUUGUUUUCGUUUGGAAAAUAUUGUCGUCUGGAGAAGUUAGUCGAUUUCAUUAUUUGUCACUGACUUUUUUUUGUUAAGCUCUAAAUAUUCUCCCGAUUUGCAUCUCGAGCUGGGUUCAUGUUUAGCAAGAUUUUUUUUCCUCGCACAAAAUCAAUGCGUCCAAUGUGUAAUGUUACAGAUGUUGCGUUCACCAAACCUGUGAAAGCAUUGAAUGGGAGUGGUCAUAAGUCUCAAGGGUGUUGAUGCUUGCACUGGCAACGAUGCCCUUGUGUUUGUAUUUAUGGUUGUUUUUUACAUGUAGUUUCUCAAAAAAAUGUUUUAUUGUAUCCAGGCAUUUAACAUAUGCAUCGAUGUUCAAAGUCAAUUUCCUUAUGACGUCCACAAUAAAAAAAGCACUGUUUGGUUUCUGUUUACUCCGUGCUGUGAACAGCUGCUUUUGGCUCGAAGACGAUGGCUUCAGAGCGUUCACCGCAAUCAAGCGGCCUAACAAGUAGACGUACACCAGGGAAGCACGUGUGGGUCGGUCCGUGAACCCGGUGAUAGGAAGUGGAAGUUUUAUAUGUUAUUAUUAAAUGGGUGUAUGUAAUGUACUCUUGUUUUGAGCAUCGUCGUAUCGUGGUAACCCUCAUUAAGUAUUAACCCACCGCUGUCGUACUGGCAGGAAACGCGUUGCUCUCUCAUGACUCAAUCGUGUCGUCACAUCGCAAGGUGAAAUGUGCUUUGUCCGCAUUGCUAUAUCAGCGUUCGCUUCCAGAUCACUUGCAAGUCCUAGAACGAGUGUCCCCUUUUCGGCCUUGACUUUUGAACACCCCUUGUGAUUCAAUUUGGGGGAUCUUGACGGAGCCUUUCAUGGUGCUGCUGCCGCACUGGCAAAUGUAUUGCGGUUUGAACUUUUUUUUGUCGUGAAUUUUGUCUGGCAGCUACAUGCGGGUGAGUUGACAGCUGUGGAUAAACUUGGUUGUGAUGGACCGUGCCUGCUGAGCAAUUGUUUGGGGGGAGUCUCCCACCUCAUUAACCGUUGAUGCAGCUGCAAAAAGGAAACUACCUCUUUGUGUCGGGGUCUUCUGCGCAGAGGAACCUGUUUCAAGAGUGAAACAUUGUGAAGCGAUACUGCUUUGACAGUUGUACACAAGCCAAACAACAUGCCACCGUUUGCUGAAAAACAUUCAAUUGUCACAUUUGGCAAUGCGAACACUUUAUUUGUUUGGCUUUGUCAGUUGGUGGAGGGUGAUAGCGUUUAGAUGACAUACCUAGAUGAUCUUACCCAAAAUAAAACAAGUUAUGGAUCUUUAUAAUUGGCCGUGAACACCUAUGUGUGAUAUAAACAAACGUGUAAAAAAUGGACAUGUUUGUCCAUAACGUUGUGGCCUUAAAAGUAAAACAGAUUUAGUAGGUUGUGUUAUGGGUAAUGGCCCAUCUCCGUCGCACACUGAGGGGCCAGAGUGAUGGAUCAUGGUUAGAGUCUGCACUCUGCACCAUGGGGCCUGAACAUUAAUUAAACAUCAACAAUUUUUCCUGAUUAACAGUUUUAAAUGGGCAUAUAAAUUAUCUCAUUUUAGAUAUCGUCUAACAGACAAACUUAAUACCACAUUUUUUUUUUCCCACAAACUCAUUUGUAUUAAAAGUUAAAUUAGAAAAUGUUUCUGGAAUAUUGCAUUAUAGGUAGUCAUGUUGAUGAACAUGGUUUAGAUAAUUACAAGCAUAAUUAAUCGGUCAUCCUUAACCCAAUUAUUAUGAGUAAGACUCAAUAAUUUAUAUGAUAAGUGGGCUUACGAGAGAGUCAAUGAAUGGGUUACACUCGUGGAUUUGUGAACACUGCAGCAGGGCUACCCACAAUGCAAAGUGCCGGCAACAUUUUAUCAUUGGCCCGUUUCAAAAGCGUUAGAACGAUGAGGUGCAGGAGCUUACGGGAUUCGUACAGCUUGAAACCUUGAACAUUGCUGAUGUAUUACCAUUCGGUGGAUGAUGACCUGUUGGAUAGUGAGUUCUGCGGUUUGCCGUGCUGUUAACUCUGUUUUGUAGGGAAUGAUGCCAUAUCCUUUUCAUUCUCCUGUGAAAUGUACAAUCGCCUAAACAGUCAUUGCUGUACUGGAGCAGACCAUAUGGGGGCUGCCUUGAUAUUGGGAACGUUUUCGAAAGGCAGUGCUUGGAUAGAGAAGAGAACUUGGGGGUUCCCUUCUGAAUCGGUACUUUUGUUUGGGGCGGCACCACUCAACACGCUGCCGCCGCGACCCUCACCAGGACAAGCGGAUGGAGGAACGAACGAAGUUGGGCUCCAACGUUGCAUUUUCUUCUAGUGCCGGGUUUUUAUCGCGAUAAAUGUAACCGUGAACAUUUGGGAAAGUAACAAUGUGUCGUUGUUGAUGGUGAAUUCCGGAUGGAAUCACCCAAUUACCUUUAGGGUACAGUAUGUAGCUUAAUUUUAUUACGUCUUUAACAUUUCGCGUUAAAUGCAUUUCAGCAUUAUUUUUGGUGUUUCAGUAUUGAAGGGAAUGGCUCCAAAUCGGUUUAGAGAUAUUUUGAAAUAUCAAUUUUGCUGGUAAUCAAGUAUUAGCCUCAAAGGAUUUAAUGGCAACUUUGUUUUGCCAUUACAAAGAAAUGAGAAGUGAUUACAUGAAUACAGUUUUAUAAAUUAUCAACACUUGUUUUUUUCCAGUGCUUGAUAGUUUAAUGUGAAUCCUACACGGUACGGUUGAUUGUACAAUUUACAUUUUAUUGUAGAUGCAGAAGCAUAAUUUGGGUAAAGAUUGUGUCGCAAAUUAAAGUAUAAAUUUAAUAGACCCAUUGCUGUUAGUUGCUGUUUUACCAAAUUUGCGACCAAACGGAGAUUUCUCCCCUCGCUCAGUCAUCUUUCGAAAGGAACAAAGACAUUUAUUGGUUAGAUGCUUUGCUCGAUAGACAAUGUUGCUUUUGGGAGGCAGCAUCGUGCACACUUUUCUGCUGAGAUAAUUUAAAUGCGGUAUUUAUCGGGUACUUGCAAGUGUCGGGGAGAGUGCCAAAGAUAUACAAAGCUUAGAAUUAAAAUGGUACAUAUUUACCCUGGUGUAAACAUUUUCUCAAAGCACAACAGUAAUACAUGUAUCUUAAACAUUUACUUUAUUUUCCCAUUGGACAACUGCCAGGGACUUAACUCAAGCUGCAAAUGCCACUUGAACAAAUGUUAUUGUUUCACAAUUGUUAUUUGAGUCUCACCACUGGUGUUUUCCAUAUGGGUAUGAAUUACAUCUUAUGCAAAGCUUGUAAAUGAGAAUGAGCUGAAACAGCAUGUUUACAUGUUUAAAUUACAAAUGUAUAUUUUGAGUGUGUGAUAAUGCACUUGAGGGCAGUGCUUGGUUGCGGACAUGGGACGUUUUAUAGCCGAGUGUGUAGUUGACCAUAAUAUAGUUGUACUUUUAAAAGUACAAUAAGUUACCAGAGGAGUUAACAACACAAGUUGUUAUUUAAAAAAACACAGAACUGAUGCAGAGAAUAAUAAAAUCUAACUUAGUGCCUUUUUAAAUGUCACGACGAAAAUAAUAAUUGGUCGCAUGUAACAAAUUAUUUGCGUGUUUUUGUGGAUUGUGUACAUUGAAUUAUAAACUGCUGUAAAGAACA